AUGCCUCAUCAUUGCACCGUCUGCAAAGACACCGUGAAGCCGGCCUGCUUCCAUCGCGGUCACGUGACCAUAUGCCGCGCGCCCACCUGCAAGCUCGUCUACCAGAGCUCCCGCGAGAAGGACUGCCCCUACUGCCGGAAUGCGACGCAGAAGCGGGCGGCCCGCGAGGGAAGUAUUCCCAAGGAUGAGGGUGACGAUGCACUGACCGAGUCUGCUGGCGGUGACGGGAGCGAUAAGGAGAAUGCCCCUCCUUCUGCCGACGGAGCGCGAGCCCAGAAGCAGCAGAAGCAGCAGAAAAAGAAGAAGAAGAAGAAGGGCAAGCAUGUGCGCGAGACCCGCAGGUUGAAGGAUAUUCGGCGUGGGAGGCGCUUGAAUUAG